CUGUAGCAGGGGCGCAGCCUCUGCCCAGGGCCUCUUGAGUAUAUAUUCACAGUAUUUCAUAGUUGCAGGAUGUUGGCUGCCAUCGUUCCCCUGCUUUACCUACACCAAAUCAGGGUGUUAGGUGUGUUGUGUCAGGAUUGAGGGUAGUUUUACAUAGAGUUUAGAUUACGGUUUGUAUGGGAUGGUUUGGAUAGGAAUGAUCCUGCCUCAAGUGGGGGUUGAACUAGGUGCCUCUGGAGGUCCCUUCAAGCCCUGCUUUUCUAUGAUUUGAUGACUUGCCGUCUUAACUAAUAUUGACAGAAGCAAAGAGGAACUGGAGCAAAUGAUACACAGAUAUGAUCAUACCAGGCUUCCUGCUCCGAGUGGUACAGUGGGCAUUGCACCACCCAGCCUCUCUUUACCAGUGCUCCACAGCCCAAACCCUCCAUCAGAGCAUAGCACACCUGUAAUCAAGAGCAAAACAUGUGAACCUGGCAAGCGUGAAAAGAAAACACUAGUGCUGAGGGACAGAAAUUUACGUAGUUUGAAUGAAGAAAAGACGAGACUCAGUGCAGCAAGUGACCUGGCUUGUUGCAGUGACAGAACUGAUGAUCUGGAAAUGAAGCCUCAUUCAUAUCUAGAAGCUAUUUGCACUGGGCUGGAAGAUCCAAUGCCUGGAAGUUCCUCUGCUGAUGGACAGCAGCUGUGUCCCUAUGCAGCUGCUGGGGCGUGCCAGUUCGGUGACCAGUGCCCUUACCUCCAUGGAGAGGUGUGUGAGAUCUGUGGAUUGCAAGUGCUUCAUCCCUUCGACCAGGAGCAAAGGAAGGCUCAUGAGACGAUGUGCAUGGCCGCUUUUGAACACGAGAUGGAGAAGGCUUUUGCCUUCCAGGCAAGUCAGGAUAAGGUAUGCAGCAUUUGCAUGGAGGUGAUAUAUGAGAAACCAUCAGCCUCUGAACGGAGGUUUGGAAUCCUUUCCAACUGCAGUCAUACGUACUGUCUAUCCUGCAUUCGACAGUGGAGGUGUGCCAAACAGUUUGAGAAUCCAAUCAUAAAAUCCUGCCCAGAGUGCCGAGUUAUAUCGGAGUUUGUAAUUCCCAGUGUAUACUGGGUAGAAGACCAGAAUAAGAAAAAUGAGCUGAUUGAAGCAUUUAAGCAAGGAAUGGGGAAAAAAGCCUGCAAAUACUUUGAACAAGGGAAAGGAACCUGCCCAUUUGGAGGGAAAUGCCUUUAUCUUCAUGCCUACCCAGAUGGGACGAGAGCUGAACCUGAAAAACCACGGAAGCAGCUCAGCUCUGAGGGCACUGUGCGGUUCUUCAACUCUGUUCGGCUCUGGGAUUUCAUUGAAGAUAGAGAAAGUCGGACUAUGCCCAGUGCUGCUGAUGAUGUGGCAGAGCUUGGGGAGCUUUUCAUGCACCUCUCAGGGGCAGAUGAAGAGUCUGCUACUUCUCAAUGAGAAGACCUGAAGAUGUUUUUUCUGUACCCAUCUAGCUAUUUAUUUAGCAGUUUUACUUUUUACUGUAAACAGAAUGUGUGGCUUGCUGAGGUUCUAGCACGGUUUUAGUAUAAGUCUUUGUACUACAACAAAAAUACUUAAGGCUAAUAAAGGAAAUUAAGUGACA